ACGCCUCCUCUCCCCCCAAACCGACAAUCUCUUCUCCAAUACCGACAAAAUGGGUGGUGUUACCGUCAAGGACAUUGAGUCUCACACUUUCGUGAAGGCGUACGCCGCUUUCUUGAAGCGUCAGGGAAAGCUCCCCAUUCCAGGCUGGGUUGACACUGUCAAGACGAGCCACUCCAAUGAGCUUCCUCCCCAGGACAUUGACUGGUUCUACGUCCGCGCCGCUGCCAUUGCCCGCCACAUCUACAUGCGCAAGACUGUUGGUGUAGGCCGCCUCCGCAAGGUCCACGGAUCUACCAAGAACCGCGGCUCCCGCCCUUCCCACCACGUCGACGCCUCUGGCUCCGUUGACCGCAAGGUCAUGCAGGCUUUGGAGAAGAUUGGUGUUCUCGAGCAGGACGAGGACAAGGGUGGCCGCCGCAUCACACAGUCUGGCCAGCGUGAUUUGGACCGUAUUGCGCAGACCACCCUCGAGGCCGAGGAGGAGGAUGACGAGUAGAUGUUUCGCACAGGGUUGUGAUGCGCGGGCAAAAAAACACGGCUGUUCUAAGCAUUUGAUUGCGGGGCGGUUACGGAUCUACACGGUUUUUACGGCUUAUGGCGUUGAAGACAUGACUUCGCUGGGCCUGCUUUUAGCCUAGGACAACCAAUGACACUGGGCUUGGGCCUGAAAAGCAACAUGAUACCC